AUGGCUCGCUUCUCGCUUCUCUGCACACUACUUGCCGCCGCCGCCGCUCCAGCCGUCAUGGCUUCGCCUCUCGACGGUCAGGUCGCCAUGAGCCCACAAGGCGACGUUCGCAUCUCCGAGAGCUGGUCAUACUCGGAUUGCGGCUCCCCUUCCGACGCUGUUCAGAUCGAAUCUAUCGUAGUCUCGCCAGACCCGCCCAAGCCGGGAGAAGACAUGACGGUCACCGUCAAGGGUACGGCCGUGGAGACCAUUAAGGAGGGCGCGUAUGCAGAUGUGACUGUGAAACUCGGGUUGAUCAAACUGCUCCAGAAGGAGUUUGAUAUCUGUGAGGAGGCACGCAAUGCCAACGCGUCCAUCACUUGCCCUGUCGAGGAGGGUUACUACACGGUUGUGCAGACCGUGACCCUUCCGAAGGAAAUCCCUCAGGCCAAGUUCACUGUCGCCGUCAAGGGGUACACCGUCGAUGACGAUGACCUCUUCUGCCUGAACCUCAAGGUCGACUUCAUGAAGAGGUUCCUCAGUGGGCUAUGGUGA